GACACAGUUUCUAGAUCCCUCAGAAUCUAUCCAAGGAUGGUUCACACACAGUCUUAUAUAAACAUCUCCUUCUUCCAGCCACCAGCUUUCCUCCUGGUUGGCCUCCCAGGCCUAGAAGCAUUUCACGGCUGGAUAUCCAUCCCCUUCUCAUCCAUGUACACUGUGGCACUCACUGGAAACUGCCUCAUCAUCCUGGCUGUGAAGAGGACCCCUAACCUACACCAGCCCAUGUACUACUUCCUGUCCAUGCUGGCCCUCAGCGAUGUGGGGCUCACCUUGUCCACACUGCCCACCACUCUGUCAGUGCUCUGGUUUGACUACGCCUUCAUCGGCUUCAAUGCCUGCCUGGUCCAGAUGUUCUUCUUGCACGUCUUCUCUGUGGUGGAGUCCUCUGUGCUCCUGGCCAUGUCAUUUGACCGCUUCGUGGCCAUCUCCAACCCUUUGCGCUAUGCAGCGGUUCUCACAAAUAAUGUCAUCAUCAGAAUUGGAAUGGCCAUUGUAACUCGAGCCACUCUGUCCCUCUUCCCAGGACCCUUCUUGCUGAAGCGACUAAACUAUUGCCCUGGCAAGAUCACUUUAUCACAUUCUUUCUGUUUCCAUGGAGAUGUCAUGAAACGGGCUUGUGCUGACAUUACUGUCAACGUCCUGUAUGGGCUGUAUGUGGUUCUGUCCACUGUGGGUCUAGAUUCUUUGCUUAUUGUCCUGUCCUAUACCCUUAUCCUUCAUACAGUGAUGGGGCUGGCAUCUCCCAAGGAGCGGGUUCGCGCCCUGAACACCUGUGUUUCCCAUAUCUUAGCUGUGCUGGUGUUCUACAUCCCUGUCAUAGGUGUGUCCAUGAUCCACCGCUUUGGGAGGCACCUCCCCCAGCUCGUACAUGCUCUUGUUGCCUAUGUGUACCUGUUGGUGCCCCCUGUGCUGAACCCUGUCAUCUAUAGCAUCAAGUCCAAGCCCAUCAGGGAGGCCAUACUCAGAGUGUUAAGGGGAAAAUGUCAUAGCUGACACUGCCAGCUACUUGCAAGUUUUAAGAUCUGCAAAGUACUUAGUAAACAACUAAAAAAUUAGCAACUUCUGGAUGGGCCAAAUCCUAUCCCUAGCUUUCCUGUCAGCAUCUAGCAAAGGAAGUAGCAGAUUGGGAUGAAAAAUCGUUAUUAUGAUUAUGUUGUUAUUAUGCUAUUACUAUGAAAACUCAGGGCUUCACACAUGAUAGGCAAAUGCUCUAUGCCUAAGCUAUAACCCUAGUCCUGAUAAUUUGAUUUUUAUUCAUUUAUUGCCUCAUUUAUCAUAUGUAUUUCCUCAAUGCCAAUUUUUUUGCCCUAUGCUAGGUACCAGGAACAGAGACAUUAUUCCUGUGUUGCCUUGUCAA